AUGAAUCUGGCGGCAAACAGAACUAUCGACUUGGUGCUGCGAGCGCUGCAGGUCCUGUUAACGAUCGUUGUCAUAGGAACAGGCGCCUACGCGAUAUCCGAGUACCAAGGCCAUACCGUCCACAAAACGUACUGGUUUGGCAGUUUCGACGAAUAUGAAGGCGUCCCUGCCGCGUGGACUUUCUUGAUGUUUUGUGCCGGGUGGACAAUUCUGGGUGUCAUCUUCCUCCUCAUUGUUGGUAGGAGCUCCGCGGACGGCAAGUGGAUCGGCUACACCUGUGCUGGUGUUGAGGCGGUCGCGAUGCUCUCAUGGCUUGCUGGCUUCAUUGCGACCGCUGUCAACCUCGGGAGCACUACAUGUCCGGCAGAAGAGCAUCAUUGCGGAUCGAUCGCGGCGGCGACAGCCGUUGGAGCAGUAGAAUGGCUGCUUUUUGUCUACACCACGUACACCGUCGUUAUGGCCAUUUUCUAUCGGCCUCGCGGCGGCAAAACGUCCAGGCGCCGGACUUCCAGGUCACAAACCUCGAUGCCCAAUUCCAGCAUCCCUAUGACAUCAAAGGCAUAA